AUGACACUGGAGCCUUGGCAGACGUGGGAGCCUCCACAUGUGCACAAGUACGACGCGGCUUCUGGAGCCCGUAAACAAUGGCGUCUUCAGUUCCAGGGCGUCUUCAGUUCCAGGGCGUCUUCAGUUCCAGGGCGUCUUCAGUUCCAGGGCGUCUUCAGUUCCAGGGCGUCUUCAGUUCCAGGAGCGCCAGAGCUCAUUUUCGGCUGCGGUGGCCUUGGGAGUGAGUUCAAGGGAAAGGGCUCGAUAGCAGAGGUCCUCCAAACGCUCAAAGAUAUGGGUGUCAACCGUCUCGAUACGGCGGCUCUAUACCCCCCGGACGAUAUGGGAGCAUCGCAGCGUCUUCUCGGAGAGGCCGAAGCCGCACAAAUGGGGUUUGAGAUCGAUACAAAGGUUAAGAUCGGCUUGACCGGAUUCAAGGGAACCCUAGAGCCGAAGAAGAUCGCAAGCUCUAUUACAGAGAGCUACAAUAGCUUGAAGCUAGAUGAUCGGGUUAUCAACGUCUUUUACCCACAUACCCCAGACGUAGCCACCCCUUUAGAGGAGCAGGCUGAUGGGUUUGACGCACAAUACAGAAAGGGGCUGUUCAAGAAGCUCGGCGUUUGCAACUUCUCGGCCGACAUGCUCGCUGAGUUCAUCGACAUCUGUGAGCGCAAGGGCUACGUCAAACCCACGGUAUACCAGGGCCUAUACAACCUCAUCGACCGCCGCCACGAGGGACCGGUGGUUGACCUAGUCCGCAAGCACGGGAUGCAGUUCGUCGCCCAUAGCCCGCAUGCCAGCGGGUUCCUACGUGGGUCUCUGACAACCGGUCAGGUAGAGGGGACUCGCUUUUCCGAGGGGAAUAUCAUGUCUCUGGACGCGCGCCGGUACGACAAAGAGAAGUACCACGCCGCCAUCCGCCUUCUCGACAGUACGCUCGAGCCUUACGGCAUCCCCAAAACGGAGGUCUCGCUGCGGUGGCUCGCAUUUCACUCGAAGCUCACCACCCAGGAUGCUAUUAUCUUCGGGGCGAGCAAGAUGCAUCAGCUCGAGCAGAACAUCGCAGCAAUUGGCAAGGGUCCGCUUCCUGAAGAGGUUGUCGAGGCUUUGGAUCGCUUCUGGGAGGCUUGGCAGUAG